AACUUAAAUGUGAAAAAUCUAUGAUUCAUAAUUCUAAAAUUUACAAUUAAACAAGUAUUUCAUGGCAGUAGUAAAAUUUAUUAUAUCUUGGAGAACUAAAAAUUAGUUUCGAAAUGGGUACUGUAGAAUAUGGCUUUCCAAUGAUUGGUGGUUUAAUGCCACAAAUUCAAGCUCUUAUAGCACCACCUGUAUCAGAAGAUUCUAAAACAGCCAAAAAUAAAAAAGACAAAGAAGAAAAAAAGCAUCCAUAUUUUAAAAGAAGAGGACGUGGCCACAAUCAUGAUAUUUGUGAUGCUUGUCGAGAUGGAGGAGAACUCAUAUGUUGUGACAAAUGCCCUGCGUCAUAUCAUUUACAAUGCCAUUAUCCAGCUGUGGAUCCAGCAGAUAUUCCUAAUGGAGAAUGGUUGUGUUAUGCAUGUCGAUGUGCAUCAAAAAGAAAUCUUCUAGAUAAUAAAGGAAAUGAGAAAAAUAAGAAAAAAUCUGCAUUAGAGGUGCUAGCUUUAGCAGCAUCUUUAGUUAAUCCUAGAGAAUUUGAAUUACCUAAAGAAUUGCAACUACCAAUUAUGUUUCCUGGUAGUAAUAAAGUAGAUUAUGUUUCAGGUAGAAGAGGAAAACAACAAAGUGGAAGUAAUAAUGUAGGGAAAAGUCAUUGUUUAGAUAAUAAUUUAAUGGUACCUUUACCAGCACGCUUGUGCUUUGAAUGUGGCCGUAGUUGCAGGAAAGCACCAUUAAUUGCAUGUGAUUAUUGUCCAUUAUAUUUUCAUCAAGACUGUUUGGAUCCACCACUCACUGCUUUUCCUAUUGGAAGAUGGAUGUGUCCCAAUCAUCCAAAUCAUUUCAUAGAUCAGAAUCUAUUAACUUCUUGUAGAGUAACAGAACGAAUUAAACUUUGGGACAAAUAUGCCAAUCAGCGUAUAGAUCAACAUGCAGUGAAAUUGGAUUUUUUACGUAAAGCACGUGCAGCAAAUCCACUUUUUCGUACAAAGGUUAAAUUAGAAGGCAGAACAAGAGUAAAAGUACCCUGUUCUGUGAAAUAUCAUUAUGAACAUCCACCAGAAUUAGAUCCUAUACAAUUUUAUCAUGAUGCUGUUGUAAGACCAGUAAUUAAAAAUAUUAAAACACAAGAUGUAGAAAAUAAUGAUAACAAACCUCCUAAAAUGGAAAAUACAGAAGUACAGAAAUUGGAAGAAUCAAUGGAAAUAGAUAAAGAAAUUGAUGAGAAUAAUGAAAUAAAAGAGGAAAGUAAUCAAGAAGAAAAACACGAGGAAAAAGUAGAACAAAAGGAUGUAACUGAAAGUAAAUGUACUGAUGAUAAUAGUAUCGAAUAUUAUGCAGAACGAUUUGGUUAUGAUAUAAAAGAAGGUAUACAAUUACUUGAAAGACCAGUUUUGGAGGCAUUAGCAUUACAAAGAUUAGAACAAAUAUUAGAUCCUGAUGGAGAAAAUUUUGACACAAUUAAUUGUCAGAUGACAGCUAGGGCAGCACUAUUUUCAUUAAACCACAAACCUAAACCACCAGCUUUUAUGAUACAUAAAACAUUAACUAUUGGAAGUGGCCCAAAUUGUGAUUUAAUUUUAUCUAAUUAUGGUAAUUGUAGUUUUACAUCUUCAAAACAUGCUAUUAUUUUCUUUGAUGAGAGUACCAAACGUUAUGAAUUAUUAAACUACAGUGAAUAUGGAACAAUAGUUGACAAUGUACUUUAUUCUUGUAACUAUACAGGUGUGAUAGAACAAGUAAAAGAAGAAUCUGAUGACAAAUUACAUUCACUAACUAAGGAACAAGAAACAACAGAAGCAGUGAAGGCUAUUAUCAAGGAAAAAGUUUUAUCUGAAGAACAAAUAGAGAAUGAAAGCGUAUUAUGUAAAUGUAAUGUGACAAGAUUUGAGUCGAGAAAUAAAGAUCAAUUAGAAGAAGGGUGGGAAGGAAGUGCUAUUGUUGCUCAUGGUUCAACAUUGGCAUUUGGAUGUCUAAUGUUUGUAUUUAAUACGAUAAAUGCACACUUAGAACGCUGAAUCCUUAUAAUGUAAA